CCCCUCGCCGUGUCUUGCCCUUUUCCUCCAGCCGACUCGUAAAGAUGGCCGACCAGACUGAGAGGGCGUUCCAGAAGCAGUUCGGCGUGACCGGCUGCUUCAAGUCCAAGGAGAAGAAGGCUCCGGGCAAGAGCGGCCACCGCUUCUACAAGCAGAUUGGCCUGGGCUUCAAGACCCCCAAGGAGGCUAUCGAGGGCCACUACAUCGACAAGAAGUGCCCCUUCACCGGCAACGUGUCCAUCCGUGGCCGUAUCCUCACGGGCUACGUGAAGUCCACGAAGAUGAACCGCACCAUCAUCGUCCGCCGCGACUACCUGCACUUCGUGAAGAAGUACGGCCGUUACGAGAAGCGCCACCGCAACAUCUCGGCCCACAUCUCCCCGUGCUUCCGCGUGCGCGAGGGUGACUCCGUGGUCAUUGGCCAGUGCCGCCCCCUGUCCAAGACCGUCCGCUUCAACGUGCUGCGUGUGACUCCCUCGGGCUCGUCGGCCAAGAAGGGCUUCUCGUCCUUCUAAACGCCCGAUUGGGAUAGGAGUGUAACCUACGGUCUCA